AUGGAUGAUGUGGAAGCCCAACGCCAGAUUAAGCAAAUGGUAAACUUCAUUCUAAAUGAAGCCAAAGACAAAGCGGAAGAGAUAGAGUCCACUGCUGUGGAGGACUUCAAUGUCCAGAAAAUGACACUGUUCCAGCAAAAGAAGGAUGAGAUUAGAGCUAAGUUGACCAAAAAAAUAAAUAGUUUGAAGCUUGAAAAAAUAAGGACAUAUAACGCUGCAUCUAGGGAAAUACAUGACCGCGUAUUGCGGCAUAAAUGUUCCAUAAUCGACGGCAUAAAGAGUGAAGCGUUGCAAAAAAUAAAGGAACAAAUAAGUGCGGCCGACGAGUACAGACGUAUAAUUGUGCUCCUUAUUAUUAAGGGUUUAAUGUCCUUGGCCUGCAAUGACGUAUUAGUCAGAUGUAGAAAAGAGGAUGCUACGGUCGUUAAAAGCUCUAUAGGUGAGGCAAAGUUGCGCUUCGCCACACUGGUACGAGAUUCUUUGGGUAGUGAGAUGGAGCUCACCGCAGACGUCGACAUGAAAACAUAUUUGCCAAGUGACAACAUUGGAGUGGUAGUAACUACAAGCGACGGAAAGGUUGAAUGCGAUUGUACUCUGAAUUCAAGACUCGACGUGUGUUGUGAAAAACUGAUCCCGAAGUUUAAGACGGUAUUAUUCAAACGCUAA